AGUUGCCCUGCAUGAAAGAGGGUGUCUUGCUGCCCAUUGUCCAAGAGUGCCACUACAACUCUCACUUGGGCGACCAACAGGCAACCGAGCUAGCCGCCGCUUUUCAGCCUAACCCCGCGCUACAGAAUGCAGCUGUUCGCUUCUCAUCUUUGCCGCCGUUGCGAUCAGGUCACACGGUUACCAGAACCCGCUCAAGACAGCGAGUAUAGCGAACAGAUCCUAGACAAUUUUUCGGUGCGAGAAUCUUCGUCAAUCCAUUCGGAUUAUUCCAAUCAUGACACGGAUGACGUUGGAUAGCGCCGAUCACUACACCGUCGGGUGGAUCGCGGCGCUCCCCAUCGAACGCGCCGCGGCGACCGCAUUGCUCGAUGAGCGCCACCAUGAGCCUCAAGGUUUUUCACAGCACCCAAGCGAUACAAACUCGUACACCUGGGGCCGGAUGGGAGAGCACAACAUCAUGAUCGCCUCGCUCCCAGCAGGGGAGGAAGGCAAUGGGAUUUUGGAUGUUUAG